UCUAUAUAUAUAUAAUACUUCACCAGAAGACUCAAAUAUGAAUAAAUAGCAGUUACAUAUUUUCUUUGAGUUGUUUAUGUUUAUAAUCAUAUAGCUAGGUAGGAUGGGCGAUGGCAGUGUAAAACUUCCUCCUGGUUUUCGUUUCUGCCCAACUGAAGAAGAACUUGUGCUUCACUUUCUCUUUCGCAAGGCAUCACUCUUACCUUGCCAUCCCGACAUAAUUCCUGAUCUUGAUCUUUGUAUGCAUGAUCCUUGGGAACUUGAAGGUAAGGCAUUGUCAAGUGAAAGUCUAUACUACUUCUUCAACAAGGUUACAGAAAAUCGAGUCACAAAAAGUGGGUAUUGGAAGGAAUUACAGAUUGACAAACCUGUACUCACAAGUACUGGAAAGAAAGUGGGAAUCAAGAAAUAUCUUCUUUUCUGCAUUGGUGAAGGCCCAGCAGGUUUUGAAACCGCUUGGAUAAUGCAUGAAUAUCACCUUUGCAACUAUGGGGAGUGUAGUAAAUUGGUUUUAUGCCGAGUUCGGGAGAGGAAGGGCAAUCUUGCAGAAUGUUUCAGCAGCUACAGCGACGAUGAAGAUAAUGGAACAGAGCUUUCAACCCCAGAUGAAAUGUUUCUGUCAAUUAUAGAGGAUGAUCUUGAUGAGAUAAGUUUUGCCCGACUAGUCUAGUAUUGAUCAGUGUUAGAUUAGCUACUGAUAGUUAGGCCCUGUCCCUAUGUGUAUAUGGAAUGCAAAUCUUACUCAAAAGAAUAAAUUUGAUAUUUUAACAAGACCUUUUUUUUU